CGGUAAGAUAGAACGCCCGGCGUGCCUGAACCGUAAUAAAACACUCAACAGUCUCUGUAUCUCAAUUUUUAUUUUUAUUUUUAUUUUUUUCGAUUUUUCUUUUUACCAAAAAGAAAGUACUGUUUGGAAAUUAGAAAUUAAAAAAAAUAUGAAAAGAAAAGAAAAGAAAAGCUUUGAGAGGUAACAGGCAUCUCUGCUUUUUGGUUCUCGAAUAUUUACUUUAUUUCUCUACUUGCAAUCUCGCCGCACUUUCCUUCGCUCUAUCUCUCUCUUUGGAGCUUGAGAUUGAAAGUAGAAACCUCUGGUUUAUAGAGGGUGAAAGGGAGGUUUGUGGUUGAAAUGGGGAAGGGUUCAAAGAUCAAUUGCAAGUCAGUAUCUCAUAAGCUCUUCAAGGACAAGGCAAAGAACCGAGUGGAUGAUCUGCAGGGUAUGUUCAUAGAUCUGCAGUUUGCAAGGAAGGAGAGCCGCAGUAUUGAUGUGGCCGUCCUCGAGGAGCAAGUUCACCAGAUGCUUCGAGAAUGGAAAGCAGAGCUCAAUGAACCCUCUCCAGCUACUUCUUUGCAACAAGGUGGAAGUCUUGGGUCGUUCUCAUCAGAUAUAUGCAGGUUGUUGCAGCUUUGUGAGGAGGAAGAUGAUGCUACUAGUGCAUUAGCUGCACCAAAGCCCGAGCCAAAUGAUCAAAGUUUGCAAGUUGGGGAUAGUGUGAUAUUUCACGAGGGAUAUGGUAUGAAUCAGGUGCAACAGGAGCACAACUUCUCAUUUGUUGAUCAAUGCAAAGACUCUCCUUCAGGAGCCCACAGCAUGGCACUUAACAACUUAGAAGGAGCUGCUCAGUUGGACUACCAUCAGUAUGAUUUGUCUCAAAAUUUUGAGUCGAACUUCUAUGCUGGUUUUCAUAGCACAGAUUUGUGUGGAGAGGAUGCUAUACCUAAUGUUUCUAGCUAUAUCCCCAGUAUUUGCCCUCCACCUGCUGCUUUCUUGGGCCCAAAAUGCGCACUUUGGGAUUGUCCGAGACCUGCUCAAGGAGGGUUGGACUGGUGUCAGGACUAUUGCAGUAGUUUUCACCAUGCUCUAGCAUUGAAUGAAGGCCCACCUGGAAUGGGUCCAGUUCUUCGACCUGGGGGCAUUGGCCUAAAAGAUGGCCUGCUUUUUGCUGCUCUAAGUGCAAAGGCACAAGGAAAAGAUGUUGGUAUCCCAGAAUGCGAGGGAGCUGCAACUGCAAAGUCUCCAUGGAAUGCACCUGAGCUCUUUGAUCUUUCAGUUCUUGAGGGUGAAACAAUAAGGGAAUGGCUCUUUUUUGAUAAGCCUCGUAGAGCAUUUGAGAGUGGGAAUAGAAAGCAAAGGUCAUUGCCUGAUUACAGUGGGCGUGGUUGGCAUGAAUCAAGGAAACAAGUGAUGAAUGAAUUUGGAGGGCUGAAGAGAUCCUAUUAUAUGGAUCCUCAACCGCUGAAUAAUUUUGAGUGGCAUCUUUAUGAGUAUGAGAUCAGUAAGUGUGAUGCUUGUGCUUUGUAUAGAUUGGAAUUGAAAGCUGUUGAUGGAAAAAAGGGUGCCAAGGGUAAAAUAAUAAAUGAAUCAGUUGCUGAUCUGCAAAAGCAGAUGGGGAGACUCAGUGCUGAGUUUCCUUCUGAUAACAAACGCUUUGUUAAGGGAAGAACCAAAGUGAAUGCUAAGAUUGGUGUUGGAAAUGUUUAUUCAGCUCCAAAUAGAGUGCCUUCAACAAAUGAAACAUUUGAGUAUGAGCUAGGUCCUCCAUACAAUUAUCUUGUUGAGAAUCUAAGUGACUAUUAUGUCACUUAAUUGAAGAAAUUUGGUUCAAGUUGGACAAGCUACAAUUGCUUAGUUACAUUAGCCGAGGCAUUGUCUUGUUGGUCGUUUGAUCUUCAGUUUUUCUUUGUCAAUAACAGGAAUUCAAGCCAUUUUUUGGUCGUGAAUUGUGCAUAGUUCAUUUUCACACGGAAAUGCUGCCUCCUUUACUACUGUGGUGGUUGUCAAAGCAUAUCCUAACCUGAAGAUGAGUUGAAAUGGCUGUUUUUAGUCAGUUCAUUUCAUAACUUAUAUGAUUGGUGAACACUGAAACCAAUACGUGUUAACCAGAAUAGUAGGCUGUGGAUGCAAAUUAUAGCAAAAUUAUUUUACUGACGUAUUUUUCAGUUUAAAGACACUACUAAUUCUGUCUCUAGCAACUUGCUAAUGAGAGAGAUAAUCUUUAUAUGUAACUUCCUUCUGCCAAGUAUACAAUAUCAUUUGCUUAGAUGGUCAGACUUUCUGAGUUAACCUUCUCAGGAAUUUGUAAAUAAUUAUUAUAUGGAAUUCAGCAGGUCUUGCUUGUAAUUUCU